AUGAAGAACAAGGAUAAGCUCAGUAAGCCGACGUCAGCUGGUCGUGUGGCCGGCAAAGGCUUGUCGACAAAAUGGUCGUCAUACUAUAACACUGGUGGGCGAAAGGAGAAAAAGACCAGCUCGGAAAGCCAGGCGCGCGAGGUUCAAGAACUCAGGGCACAGGUGGCGCGGAUUCCAGAGAUUGUCCAAGAGCAAGUGCAACAACAACUCGGAGCGACGAUCACCGCCAUUGUGCCUACCUUGAUCCAGGGGAUUAGUGCGUGGAUUGCGGGCGGCCAACAGGGGCCGCCCCCAAUUCCUAGCUUCACGGCCAGCAACUCGCAGAACGCGAUGCCGGGGCCAUUGGUGUCUCCGGCGGAGGCGGAUCAGAAUGACGACGACGACGAUACAUUUGCCAACGUCGAUCAGUACUUUGCCGAUCAUGGGUACGGUGGCGACUUCAUGGGGCCUCCUUCUCAAGAACCCAACCCAACAAAAUACGCGCGCGAUCUAGCUGGUACCGCGGAGAAGCCAAGUUGCAACAGGCGUCGUCUGCAGUUCAGCUCUCAGGAGACGCCUCCAGCUGCCGACUUCACCGAGCCUCAGAUAGGCGAGGACGGGCCACCUUCACCUGAGGAUAUCUCGAGGAGGGUGCAUGUGGCGGGUAGGCCGAUGCUACUGAGAAAUAUGCUCGAUGCUGCAACCGGUGCUAUGCGGACUCUACAUGACAGUGUUCUUUCUUUGGAGAAGCGGCGUCUCGGAGAGAAGGAUGUGGCAUACCCGGUUUUCGCGGCCAAGGUGCCAGAGGGCAAGGGCUUUGUGGAUAACUCCAUCGGGGGUACGAUCUUCCUGCGGUUUGAUGACAUCCACGCUAUGUUGAACCUUCAUCCGCUGCACUACACCUUCGUUCGGCUAUUUUUGCUGAGUAUGGAGAUGCGGAUCAUUCGCGACAAGACCCCGGACAUCGUGAUAGUCGACCCCUUCUACAUGCGUGCCAAGAUCUUGGGCAGCGCUGGGGACCGGCAAGUCGCGAGUUCUUACCUCGAAGGCGUCAUUCUGGCAAACCAAGAUAAGGAUAACUUCCUCGUGCCUUACUUUCCCGAUGACACACGUUGCCCGCUCAUCCUCCUAAGCCCCAAAUAUUCCAUGGCCACGUAUUUCGACCCGGACCGUCAGUCGAACGUAGACUACAUAAAUGUCAAGAAGGUUCUUGAUGAUGUUCUCCCCGGCUACGUCAAAUCUGGAGGCACCUUCACCAGGCCUAUUCGUAAGUGCGCCAUUAGUAAUGCAGCUCCAGCCAAUGGUGGUCAGCAAGGCAACAAUGGUUGGGGUGAAUGGCAGGCACCUCCAGCUCCGCCCGUUGUCAAAAUGCCACCAUACCUGAUGAACUUUCAAGCUUGGCUGGCCGCGCAGGGAUUGACAGUGCAACAUGGAUUGGUUCCUGAGAACAACCUAGAAGACAAUGCUACUCAGUCUGAAGAUAUUCAGAUAACUGAAACUGUCGAACCUGUUGCUGCUCAGUCUGACGAACAGAUCUCCUUCGCCAGUACUAAAGUGAUGUCUGAAUCCUUCUCUUCUGAAAUGGAUACGCUGAGCAGCGUGAUGUCUGAGACUAGCCUGAUUUCAUAG